UGACGCGCGCAGCAGGGGCAGGGCGUGGCAGCUGGAGUGUGAAGCGGAGCGCAGGCUAUUCCUGGCUGCUCUGGUGGUGCAGCUGCUAACAGCAGUACACAGCCCGACGGUGCUCUUCCCUGACUUUAGGCUGUUGCUUCGUACGGGCCUACACGUGCAUGGUGAGAAUCCCCGGUGAGUGACGCCGUGUUCCAGAACCGGCCCCGAUGACGGCGGUCAGCGAGGGGCAGGAGCCCGCGGCGGCGGACCUGGGCGGCCUGCUGGACGCAGGCGACGGCGCCGUCGUGACGCUGGAGGCGGGGCACACGCGGCUGGCUGCGCACGCCGCCGUCCUGGCCGCCAGGAGCCCCGUGUUCGCGGCAAUGUUCCAGCACCACAUGCUGGAGGCCGCCAGCGGCCGGGUCCGCAUCGCCGACGUGGAGGGUCCGGUGAUGAGGCAGCUGCUGGCCUACAUGUACACGCUCCAGACCCCCCGCCUGGCCAGCACGGCCCCGCAGCUGCUGGCGGCUGCGGAUAAGUACGGCCUGACUGCGCUGAAGGCUGCCUGCGAGCGGCACAUGGCCGCUCAGCUGGACGUCGAGAACGCGGCGGCCGCUGCUGUCGUAGCGGUGAGGCACUCCUGCCCCGAGCUGGCCGCGGAGGCCGUCGCCUUCAUAAACGCCAACCGCCAGGUCUUGUCUACCCGGGGCUGGGCAGAGGCGAUGAGAAACCACCUCGAACACGUCAUCGAAGUGACCAGGCUGCUCAGCGAGUCACCAGCUGAAACUAGGUCGGCGGGCAGCGGGGGGACGGCGGCGGCUCUGUGGCACGGCAGGUGGGGCCGCACUCCCGUGGCUUCCGUGGCGCCCAUCCCACCUCUCAGCAGGUCCCCGCCCGACGACGCCGACGCCUCUCGCAUGCGCCCUCCAGCCGCUGGACACAAGAAGAAGACGGCCCCCACUCAGCGGCAGAGCAAACACAGCCGGACUCCCGCCGCAGCCGCGGCGCCCGUGGCUGCUCCACCCUCUGCCUCAUCUGAUGCGGCCGACGCCUGUCGCUCGCCCUCGCCAGACACUGGAGACAGCAAGACGGCCGCCUCCGUUCAGGCACACACCAAAUGUGACCGAACACGUGUCGCAGCUGUGGCGUCCACGGAGCCGCAGCCCACUCCUCCAUACGACGACGCCGUCUCCUCCCGCAUGCGCCCUCCAGCCGCUGGACACAAGAAGAAGACGGCCCCCGCUCAGCCGCAGAGCAAACACAGCCGGACUCCCGCCGCAGCCGCGGCGCCCGUGGCUGCUCCACCCUCUGCCUCAUCUGAUGCGGCCGACGCCUGUCGCUCGCCCUCGCCAGACACUGGAGGCAGCAAGACGGCCGCCUCCGUUCAGGCACACACCAAACGUGACCGAACACGUGUCGCAGCUGUGUCGCCCACGGAGCCACAGCCCACUCCUCCAUACGAUGACGCCGUCUCCUCCCGCAUGGGCCCGCCAGCCGCUGGAGACAAGAAGAAGACGGCCGCCACUCAUCUGCAAAGCAAACACAGCCGGGCUCCUGCCGUAGCCGCGGCGCUCGUGGCUGCUCCCUCAAGUAGCCCGUCUGAUGCGUCCGCCGACUGCUGCCUGCCGCCGGCCUCUGGAGAUAGCAGAUCGGCCACCAAAGCCUCCGCCGCCCCCGCCGCCACCACCACCACCACUAGCACCACCAGUGUGCCGCACGGCGACCGCGACGAUCCCUGCCCAGCUUGUGCUGAGGCUGCGCCCCUCACGACUCCACGCUCCACUCCGCCUGUGGAUGCUGCUACCGUCUCUCGCCUACGGAAACUUUCUGGUGAAGAGAAGGGCAGGAGGCUGAUCGAGGCGGCUAAAGUGGGGGCAGUGACGGACGUGCAGACGUUGCUGGCGGCAGGAGCAGACCUCGAGGUGAGGGACAGUGACGGGUACACCGCGCUGCACUGGGCAGCGGAGAGGGGGCACGUCGAUGUGGCGACGUGUCUGCUGGAGGGUGGCGCCGAGGUGGACGCCACCAACGACAGUCGGAUCACGCCCCUGCACAGGGCUGCACAGAGCGGCCACGCCGCCGUGGUGCGGCUGCUGGCGGCGUCCUCCGCCCGCACCGACGCCAGGAACCGGUGGGGGUGGACGCCGCUACACUGGGCGGCAAUGCGUGGCCACGCAGAGGCGGCGGCGGCGCUGCUGGAGGCGGGCGCCGACAGGGAAGCUACGACUGACGAACUGUACACACCGCUUGACUUCGCCAGACAUAAGCACUACCAACAGUUGAUAAGCAUGCUAAGAUAAACCCAUCAACGCAUUAAGUGUUCCUGUAGGAAAAGGAAUGGAGUUUCAGUAGAUGAAUUUUCUGUAUUUUUAAAAUAAAGAGUAUGAAAAAGUUAA